GAGGACCCAUUCACUACUGUGUCAACCCGUCUGAACGCUGCUGGACGCUUACCGACUGUUUCACCCUCUCGUCCAUUUUCCUUCUGCUUGACAACGAGGACGACUGGAUAGUGGAUUGUUCCUUCUGCUCCAAAGACUGCACCCCCACCAAGAGGGAUCAACUCCAUUUACCUCCUGGUGCCAUGCACUUCAUGGCAGUGCCAUGUGGAAGGUAACUUAAUCUCCCAUAUUCUGCCCUUCGACUCGUCCCAUGUCUGAGGACAGUGACCCAAAUCACUACCUGUACUCAACCCUGGAGGGGCGCGAACGGAACCGGGACAGGAUCGGCUACCAGGCGGAGGAAGAGGAGCACUCUCCCUGCAGCUCCAUCAGACAACUUCACAGAAUGGCGAGCAGUUACAGCGAGGGUUGUGGCCAGCAGGAUGGGGCCGAACUGGAGGCCGAGUUGGGACAUGCCUCCGAGGGGAGCGACAGCAGCCACGAGCACUCGGCCUCACCGGGCUCCCCGCAUGAUGACAGGAAGCGACCGCGCCCCCCUUUACAUGAGGAUGUAGAGAUGGGUGGCAGCGGCUCGAGCGGGAGCGGGACAGAAUCCCAUGGAAACGAGUCGCAUGGCAAUGAGUCGCAUGGCAAUGAGUCCGUGGGCAGCUCCAACGGCAAUGGAAAGGACUCGGCUCUCAUGGAGUCAUCCGAAAGCAACAAGAGCUCAAACUCUCACAGCCCGUCGCCGCCCAGCAGCUCCAACGCCUUCAGCCUGGUGAGCUCGGAGCAGGACAACCCUUCAACCAGCGGCUGCAGCAGCGAACAGUCGGCCAAAGCGAAGACACAGAAGGAGGUCUUCAAGACCCUAAAGGAUCUCAAGAUGCACCUACCAUCGGAAAAGAGGAGCAAGGGCAAAUCCAGCACCGUCAACACGCUCAAGUAUGCGCUGCGGUGCGUCAAACAAGUGAAAGCCAAUGAGGAAUACUACCAGAUGCUGAUGAUUAACGACAGUCAGCCGCCAGGGUUUGAUGUUUCCUCGUACACCAUCGAGGAAAUCAACAGCAUUACCUCUGAGUACACGCUCAAAAACACUGAUAUAUUCGCCGUGGCCGUCUCGCUCAUCACCGGGAAGAUUGUUUACAUUUCGGACCAGGCGGCGACCAUCUUGAACUGCAAACGGGAAGUGUUCAACAACGCCAAGUUCGUGGAGUUCCUGACACCGCAGGACGUCAGCGUGUUCUACAGCUUCACCACGCCCUACCGCCUGCCCUCAUGGAGCAUGUGCACUGGAACAGAGUCGUCUCCCACGGAGUGCAUGCAGGAGAAGUCCUUCUUCUGCCGCAUCAGUGGUGGAAAGGAGCAUGAAGGGAAUAUCCAGUACUAUCCGUUCCGCAUGACUCCUUACCUGAUGAAAGUCCAGGAUGCCGAGCUGGGUGAGGAACAGUUCUGCUGCCUCCUGCUGGCCGAAAGAGUGCACUCUGGAUAUGAAGCGCCCAGAAUCCCUCCUGACAAGCGCAUCUUCACCACAACACACACACCUAACUGUGUGUUCCAGGAUGUGGAUGAGAGGGCUGUUCCUCUGUUGGGUUACCUCCCUCAGGACCUGAUCGGGGUCCCUGUGUUACUCAAUCUGCACCCAAGUGACCGACCCCUGAUGCUGGCUGUUCAUCGCAGGAUUCUGCAGUACGCUGGUCAGCCAUUCGAUCACUCCUCGAUCCGCUUCUGUGCAAAAAAUGGCGAGUACAUCACCAUCGACACCAGCUGGUCCAGUUUUGUCAACCCCUGGAGCCGCAAGGUCUCCUUUGUCAUCGGCAGGCACAAAGUCCGCAUGGGCCCUGUGAAUGAAGACGUUUUUGCUGCACCAGCUUUCCAUGGAGGGAAGAUCAUGGACUCGGACAUCCAGGAAAUUAGUGAACAGAUUCACAGGCUGCUGCUCCAACCGGUCCACAACGUGGGCUCCAGCGGUUACGGUAGCCACGGCAGCAAUGGUUCCCAUGAACAGCUGGUUAGCAUCGGUUCAUCCAGCGACAGCAACGGGAAAGACACGGCGCGGAAGACAGCGGAGGAGACGGGCAAGGCCAAACCUCCCAGGACAUUCCAGGAGAUUUGUAAAGGGGUCCACAUGCUGAAGAACCAGGACUCCCAGGUCUGCCUGCACUCCCCUUACUCUUCGCCCAUACCAUCACCGUCCAAGCCUGAGCUGAAAAAGACCGCUGACACUGCUGUUGCAGCUCAGAAGAGUUCAGCAGUUCGUCACAAGGACUCAGCGCCCCCUCUGCAGGCUAGAGACAGUACUGUAGCCACCAUUGAAGACUUCCCCUGUAAGGACCAGACCAUGCACUCGUACCAGCAGAUCAGCUGCCUCGACAGUGUCAUCAGGUACCUUGAGAGUUGUAACAUCCCCAUCACGGUGAAGAGAAAGUACCAGUUCUCCUCCAACACCUCCUCUUUCAACUCAGAUGAAGACAAGGGCUUAGAAGACGGCAUGCAAGGGCCUCAGGAUGCAAACUCAGACCCUUUGAUGCUUGAAACUCAGCCAGGUCUAUCGAACAUGAAAGUACCCAAGAAGCCUCCAUCUGGAGCUGCUGCUGUGGUGGGCGGCCCCCUGGCUCCCCUCACACUGCCCAGCAAGGCUGAGAGCGUGGUGUCCAUCACCUCGCAGUGCAGCUACAGCAGCACCAUCGUCCACGUGGGAGACAAGAAGCCUGUGCCAGAGUCGGAGAUUAUAGAGGAUGUGGCAGAGAGUCCUGCACCCCCACCCCUGCCUGUCAGCAUCGUGUCCCUGCCCACCCAAGAGAAGGAGCCCUACAAGCGACUGGGGCUUACCAAGCAGGUGCUGGCUGCACACACGCAGAAAGAAGAGCAAGCCUUCCUCAGCCGCUUCCGAGAGGUCCCUAACCCCAGGACCCUCCAGAAAGGCUGCUCCGCGUAUCUGCACAGACAGAAAGGUCCAGCCAUCGCAGAAGAACCAUCUGGACCACGGGGAUCAGCCAAACAGGGCCCCUCCAAGCCUGAGACUACCACCAAGAAGGGCAACCGCAACAGGAAGUCCAAGAAGCCCAGGAUGAAGCAUCCUGAUUCGUCAGACAGCGCAAUAUCCAACCGCAAACCCCGGCCCCCUCUGCAGGGUCUCAACCAAACGUCGUGGUCUCUAUCAGAAGCGUCCCAGUCAGCUUUUAACGUUUCCUACCCAGCCAUGGUGCCUGCAUACCCCCUCUACCCCCCAGCACCCACUGCCCCAGCUCAGGCCCCCUGCCCUGACCCUUCCCUUUCUGCCGGAUUUGCAGAGGGGCAGAACACCCAAGCCCCACCCACUGCCACACCAUUUCCUGCACCCCUUGUUACACCUGUGGUGGCUCUGGUGUUACCCAAUUACCUCUUCCCCCAGAUGGGACCGAUGGGACCGAUAGGAUCAAUGGGGCCGAUAGGACCGAUAGGUCAGAUUGGACCGAUAGGUCAAAUUGGACAGAUAGGGCAGAUGGGGCAGAUUGGGACUGCUCCGAGACCCACAUUUUAUGCUGAGCAGUCCCAGACUCAACCUGCAUACACGACUCAGCAACCCUUUCAGCCCCCACAGCCGGCCUACACCAUACAGACUCAAGCCCCUUUCGCCAGCCAACAGCCGUUCCCUGUGCAGACUGCUUUUACUCCCCAACAGCCAUUCCAAACUGCUCACACCACCUUCCCUACCCAGCAGCCUUUCCAGACGCCGCAGACUCCUUACACCACCCAGGCGCCAUUCCAGGCCCCUCAGCCUACCUACACUACCCAGCAGCCCUUUGCUGCCCAGCCUUCUUUCCCAGUUCAGACUCAGUUUGUGGCUCAAGCCCCGUAUCCAGCACAGCCCUUCCCUUACAGCCUCACCGCUGACUCCACCAAAGCUCUGGCUGUGGAGCCUCAAGAAGGGGCCGCCUCACGCUCCUCCACCCCGGCCUCUGGAGCAAGGGACCCUGCCACGUCACCGCCGCUGUUUGAGUCGCGCUGCAGCUCGCCGCUGCAGCUGAACCUGCUCAGCAUGGAGGAGGGACAGCGCUCAGUGGAAAGACAGGACGGCACAAUGCCCCCUGCUGGACUCCAGGGUAACAGUUUAUCAACAGGAUUUGGUGGAGCAGCAGUGGAAAAGAUGGGAGGGACGUUCAAGUCUGAAAGUUUCCAACAGUUGGAUUCUCAAGGAGACGGAGCCCACAGCGAUGGUAACUCUUCUUCCUGUGACUUGCUGGACAUGCUGCUGCGGGAGGACUCCCACUCCGGCACGGGAUCGGCCACCUCCGGCUCCAUGGGCUCAGGAUCUGGAUCGGGCUCAGGAUCUGGAUCGGGCUCAGGAUCUGGCUCAGGCUUUGGAACAUCAGCUAGCGGAGCUUCUGGCAGCAGAACAGGGAGCAGCAACACCAGUAAAUACUUUGGUAGUGUUGACUCCCUGGAACCUGAUCCCAAGACCCAAGCCAAAGCCAAGACGAGAGGCGAAGGAGGCUCUGAUGGAGCGCAGUCCCAGACCAAGGUGUCAACCCAAGGGGACGGAGAUCCUUUCGAUAGAUAUGUUCUCCAGGAGCCCCUCUGGCUGCUCAUGGCCAACGCUGACGACAAGGUCAUGAUGACGUAUCAAAUGCCAUCCAAGGACAUCCAGAGGGUUCUACGAGAAGACAAGGAGAGGCUGAGGCAGAUGCAGAAGAGCCAGCCUCACUUCACGUCAGACCAGCGACGAGAGCUCUUGGAGCAGCACCCCUGGAUGAGGAGGGGCGGCCUACCAGCUGCUAUCAAUGUAAAGGAGUGUGUGUACUGCGAAGAUGCAGCAGCGGCAUCUCCAAUCGAGGAGGAUCUACCCGACAUGGAAAUGAGCAAUCUUGCCGAGGAGCUGAGACAAGAGGACCGGAACGCCAGGAGCCAAUCAGAGGCCUCUCAGCCUCAACAGGACACUGGCUCCUGAGCAUGCACACACACACAGCCUGCCAGCCAUUGAGCAGGGGGACACACUAUACCAGCCAUGGACCCUCGUGAUGCACACACACAACAUGAACUCAUCAGAACUCUGUGACGCCGCUGCGCUGAAAAUGAGGAUGCGUGCCACACGUCUGUUCAUGUGUGUGUUGUGCAGAGGACUGCUGUUGAAGUGCAGAUCUUAAUGUACCGACAGGAAGCAGGAAGGCGCCGAUGUUGGACUUCUGCCAGCUCUCACACACACACACACACACACACACACACACACACACACACACACAUUGGGGCCUAGACAUUGUGAACAGUGGCCUGUAAGAUAACAGUUUAUUUAAUUGUUUUCCAUCCUCUUCUCCAGAGGCAGAGAUUUACAAAGAGUUAAUUUAAGGAUAUGGCUGCUUUGCCGUUCGAGUCCUUCACCACCAGACAUUAUGUUUUUGUCUUUUAAUGUUAUGUCACAUGAUCCAGUUCGAACCCCAGGAUCGCUGUUGUUACCCCACAAGGAACUCGCUAUGUACAGUAGAUGAGGUUUUCGCUGGACGAUGUAGGCGGCUGGGUCUAGGGGCGAGAAGCAGCACUUUAGUUUCACUGGAGAGGUAAAACAACAAAAAGCACUUCACUCCAGAGCGAAUAUGAAGUCAUGUGGGGAAUGUUUUUUUUACCUUCUCAAAAGUGACAAUCUGAAACGUAGUGCGAGGGGUUCCUAUUUAUUUUCUACCAAAAAAUGUAUCUACAAUAGAUCGUCUAAAGUUUAAGCCAAAUCCACACAGUUGUAAACUUUUUUUUUUUGGUUUGAAAAACACAGAAUGUUUCAGUUCUUCUUCACUCUUGACUCCUCGUAUGUAAAAGGUUGUUUUCUGUCUCCGGGGUCUCAUGUUGUUUUCUAUUGUGGACAACAACACAGCAUGAUGGCUUCGGGAAAAAAAUUGGUCAGGAUCACAAACAUAAUGCUGACAUGUGUUUGUUAGGAAAAAAGAAAAACAGAGGUAGAAAUAAUUUCACUUUGGAUCUCUUAUUUAUCUUUCACCUCUUUUUUAUAUCUUGAGUUUCAGCCCUGUACGUUACCAAAUAAUGCCAAAACUGGUAAUAUCCUUUUUCUUUUCUUUUUUUAAGUAAAUAUGGUGCAUCUCUACUACAGUGUCAUUUGAAGACCAAACCGGUGCUGAUCUUUGGAUUUCUACAUAAUGCAGAAUGAUAUUGUUUCUGUUUGCAUCCUUCUUUGAGACUUUCCCAUUUCUUCUUCUCCUUCAGAUUAUUUCCACUCUUAGCGACUGUCAAACAGAACUGGUGUAUUUCACGCACGACCAUCAGGGCGAUUAUUUCAUCGUCUGUACUGGUCGCUGUGCUGCAGUUCAGAUUGUUCAGUAUGUUUUUUUUGUUUUUUUUGUUUUUUUUAGCAACAUAUAUCAAUACCAAGCAUCAGCACUGAAAUAUUACAGCAUGGUGGAAAAAAACAGCAUAACAAUUGUAGCAAAUAAGGGGACCAUAUUGCCUCAGUGACCUUAUUGCUUACCCUGGGAUACUUAUAGGAAGUGGUGACAUGCAUGCACCGGCGAGCCCUACGUCGUCGUUACAUGAAGUCUUCAGGAAAACGCGGUCCACAUUGGCUCCAUGUAAGCCAGUCGAGGUUAAUACUGGGAACAUGUGUGGUGCUACAGCAGAGACGCUGUCGGGGUUUGUGAAUGUAACAGACUGGACCAAGAGCAUCCCUCUGGCUUAGUUUGUCUUCACCGUUUUUUUUUUUUUGUUUUGUUUUGUUUUCUCGUUCAAAUGUCAGAACGUUUUUUAAUAUUGUUCUAUUUUUCUAUUCUUCUUCUUUGGUGUGUUUUAUUUUUUUAUUUUAUUUGACAUCUGCAUCAAGAGUGUUUAAGUGUCAUCUGGGACCACGGAGCCUACCUCUAAUAAAUCCCAGGUCACGUUUAAAGCAGCACAUACCAUGUGUAUGAAUGUGGGCAAAGCGCAAUGGACAAGAGGGGUCCGAUACUUCAGUGAUUCCGGUGAGGGACGGGCUCGAGCAGGGAGAGGACGAGCCCCUCCAACACUCACCUGUGGUUAACCUAUCACGAAUACAAGAAUGUAGUUAGAUGUUAUUGAAAGAGAAAUAUGGAAAGAAUCUGUUGUUCUCUGUCCGCUGGGAGAGGAUGAUGCUGCAGAGUUUAAAAGCCUUUAUCCUCACAGAGGGGGGAAUUCACACGGUACUCUCACACGAUGCUGUGUAUGGUCAUGUAAAUAUGUUUGACGCUGUAUGAAUCUGUGCUGUAAGAAACUGGCACAGGUCGGUGCGUUUUUUUGUAGGUAAUGUGGUGUUGUUUGAGACAUGCAGACAAUGUUGUAAUAAAAACUACAGAAAUAUAA